AUGGCCUCUUUUAAAAGAAUUUACAAAACCACACACAAAGCACCAUUUCAAACAAUUGAAAAGCAAAAGCAAGCCGUCUCAUUAUCACACAACAACAACGCUUCCUGUUCCAUUUUUUGCAACAACGUUGGUGCUCUCUUCAUCCAUGCCAUAGCAGAAAACACUACCGUUUCCGACAUCCUUCAACCCAACUACGUACCUCCCAUUGUUCACUCCUUUUUCCCACUUAACAGCGUUAAAAACCACGAAGCCACUUCACAGCCAACUCUAGCAGUCCAAGUAACGGAGUUAAGUAACGGAAUCUUCAUUGCUUUCACUAUCAACCACGUUGUUUCAGACGGCAAGUCGUUUUGGCAUUUCGUGAACUCUUGGUCACAAAUCUCAAAAGGUUCUCAGAAAAUAACUAAACAGCCUUCACUUCAACGUUGUUUCCCAAAUGACAUUGAACUUCCAAUACGAUUCCCUUUCACUAAAAAAAAUCACAGAACAGAAGCAGUUCUAAAAAGUUACCAGAAAGAAUCUUUCAUUUCACCAAGGAGAAAAUCGCAGAACUGA